AUGCAGGAUGCUCCUCUUCAAAGUCCUCUGCCUCAGCAGAGCCAGGUACCCUCACAUGGUUUGGCCCAGGAGCAGGUGAACACAGUCAGUGUGAUCUGCCAUCCUGACUCACUGGAGGUUGUGAUCCAAGCUGACAUGUUUGCAGUUGGAGCUCCUGUUCACAGCAGUGAGCUGCGCCUUGGAGUGGAGUAUAAUAAGUUAUGCAUGGCUAAAGCUUCAGGAGAUGUGUACAGGAUCCUGGUUAGACUAGAGGACUGUGGCACCAGACACUGGAUGACCAAGGAUGCCCUGGUCUACACAAACCUUCUCAUCUACUCUCCAAUGGCUUCCCCUGAUGGGAUCAUUCGGAUGGAUGAGGCUGUAAUUCCACUUGAGUGUCACUAUCAGAGGAAGUACAGUCUGUCCAGCUCUUCACUCGUGCCAACUUGGAUCCCCUUCACAUCUACUCAGGCUACAGUAGAAACUCUGCAGUUUAACUUGAGGAUUAUGACUGAUGACUGGAACUAUGAAAGGGCUGCCAAUGUGUUUUACCUUGGUGAACCCAUCAAGAUGGAGGCUUCUGUCAGACUUGGGCACCACACUGGACUCAGGGUGUUUUUGAGCAGCUGUGUGGCUACACUUGAACCAGAUAUACACUCUGAUCCCAAAUACAUUUUUAUUGAAAAUGGGUGCCUGGUUGACUCCCAGCUUCCAGACUCAAAGGCCCACUUCUUGAUCAGAACACAGGAUGAGAAGCUGCAACUGGUCUUUGAUGCUUUUAAAUUCCACAAUGAUGACAGAGGAGAGCUCUACAUCACAUGCCACUUAAAUGCUGCACCAGUAACUGAUACUGAAUCCCCAAACAAAGCCUGCACCUUCAUUAAUGGAAGAUGGCGGUCAGCUGAUGGGAAUGACUACUUGUGUGGAUAUUGUAAAAGCCAAAACGACCCUGUCAGUAAGGGCUUACCUGGCAGCUUUGGCCCUCGAGGAUUUGGGAUACCUGCAGAAUUUGAACCCAUGUGGCGAAGUAGCCUAAAAUCCUCACAAGUAUGGGACCAUGAGGCAAGAAUUGGUCCAGUGACUGUUUUGUCAUCACGAAAGAGUGGUCCCCUGCCUGCAGAACAGCUCCCACCAGCUCUCCUUAAAAUCUACCGGCCUGCGCUGUAUGGCAGCCACUGGCGAAGUGGCAUAAACCAGAUUGAUCUGGAGAAAGGUCUGCUUCCUGGCCCCUCUACACCAGAACUAGAUGAAGAGGAUGACAAUGAAACUACACCAAAGGGUGAUGAGGAACUUGACGAAUUGGUCUCUAACUUCAAGAUGAAGGCUUUUGAGUCGGCAAUGGACAAGAACACCACAGCCUUCAGUGACAUCACCACCUCAGAGUUUGACUUGGAUAUUCCACCAACUAAUGCGACUGCUACUGAAUCUGACCUUUCGGAAAUGAUUGACCCUAAAAAAUAAAACUCUUAAUGUGAA